AUGGCGAACAUCUCCCUCAUAGGUUCCACCGGCAUGGUGGGUUCGCAUAUCUUGUCUACCUUGCUUGGCCAUCCAUCCGUCGCCCGUGUCGAUAGCAUCUCCCGCCGGACACCACCCAUUGCUGCAUCCGCUCCGCAGGCGAAGCUGACAACCUUUGUCGAUGGAGAUACUUCCCGCUGGGCGGCCCAGGUGGCUGCACUAGCCCCUCCGCCGUCCAUCUUCAUGUCCGCUCUGGGAACGACACGGGCUGCCGCCGGAGGAUUCGAGAACCAGUACAAGCUCGACCACGACCUCAACCUCGAGCUGGCCCGCGCCGCACGCGAUGCAGGAGCCCGGGUGUAUGUUCUUAUUUCUUCGUCGGGGGCCAACCCCUCGUCCGUGAUUCCCUACUCUCGAAUGAAGGGCGAGCUUGAGGAGGCUGUCAAAGGACUGGGGUUUGAGCACACCGUCAUUCUCCGGCCCGGUUUGAUUGCCGGCCAACGUGAGGAGAGUCGUCCUGCCGAAGCAGUAUUUCGCUUCGUUGCCGGGGUCGCAGGCAAGGUGCACUCGUCUUUGAAGAAUGGCUGGGCCCAAGACGCCGAUGUCAUCGCCAGGGCCGCAGUCAGUGCUGGCCUCAAAGCACUUGAUGGAGAUGUCCCCGCUGGUAGUGAAAAGGUCUGGGUCCUGCAUGGGGCCGACAUCAUUCGCCUUGGCCAGACGGAGUGGAAGAACUCUUUUAUUCCAAUUGCAUACGACGUGAUGACAUGGGCCGCCGUUAUUCCUUGCACCAGACAGACAGACAAAUUGUCCGUCUGA